AUGCAGCAGUCCAUGAUGAACGUGUUGAUGGAGCUUACAGCUCGGAUUCCGAAACAUGUGGCCGACUACUACCCACAUGCCACGGACGUGUUUGCAGAUGUGGCCACCAGCUUCCGGGAGGAGAUGAAAAGCCGGCGCCGGGACAAAGAGUUGGAGGAUGAGCUGAGAUGGGAACGGGACAGGUGGGACCGCGAGCGGGAGACCUUCUCACGGGAGCGGGAACAAUGGACCCAGCAGCGGGAACAGUUCCUUCGGACAUUUGAGAAUGCCCAGACGAGACAGGAACGACUGGAACAGGAAUACCUCCAUCUCAACAACCAAGCCGAAACACUCGCUAGACAGGCCUCAGAUACAUGUCCUGAGCCUCGCAUAAUCGUCGAGUCAAUCCAGCUCCUGGGAGUUCUCGGCCUCUCCAUCUCGUCGGUUCUUCUCGCAGACGGCUGUAUGGACGCCGAGCUCGUAUCUCCCAUGUCGGGCUUCUGUUGCGGCCUCAUCUCUAGCUUCAUGGACGACCCCGACUCGGCCGUGACCUUCUUCUUCGCCGGGCUGCACAUUAGCAAGGCGCUCAGCGGGCCAACGACCCUCAUGCGAAGCCUGAUCACGCAGCUACUGCUCAACCCGAACCUGCCAAAGCCCGAUCUAGGAUUUGUCUCCGAAGCAAUGCUGGAGGGCUGCGCCUGGAGGGAUUGCCGCACCCUCUGUGACGUUUUCGUCAACCUCAUCAAGCAGGUGCCACCACAAAUGCACGUCUUUUGCAUUGUUGACGGUAUCACAUGGUACGAGCAAGUCCCCUGGGUGGCUGACAUGCAUUGCGUCGCCACCAUGUUCGAGUACUUGGCGAAGAGGACCAAUCCCGACCAUUCAGGACUUAUCAAGGUGUUGCUGACGAGCCCGACCCGUAGUAUCAGCAUCGUGGACUUGACGACCAGGAAACAAAGCGUUUGGUGGCAUGUGGCCUUGGCCAAUGGCGACGUUCAUCCUGGCAUGGCAUCUCAGUUGGUGGAGUAUUAG